CCCCGGCCACUGGACAAUCGGCAUCUGCCGUCACCCAAUCACCGAGAAGUGAGAAAGAGCGUGUGAACCAUGAACUGGAUCUACCUGGUGCGCAUGUAUGGGGCAGUGGAAGGAUGAGAUGACUGCGACGUUUAGCUUAGUGUGAAAUCUUUGACUCUGUAGCGCACAACCACACCCAAUGACGGGCAGAAAAAAACAACAGCAAAAUGGGUUUCUCGAAUUUUUAUAAUAAAAAUGAUAUAAAAUUGCAAAGCGUCAUGUUAUAAUAAUGAUUAAUGUAAUAUCAACGCCAGAGAAGUUAAACUAAAAGUUUGAGGGUCUCUUUUAAGCUGUCGUGGGCAUCGUUCGAUUCUUCAUCGAAAUGAUGGGAGCUCCGGUUUUUGUAACUGGGAAGAGAUAGGGUUUCAUUGGGGCUCGGGGAAUUUCGUUCUGGUUUUCGUGGUCACCAAGGUGGCAUGAUUUGAGCGGGAAAAGCUUCUGAAAGUAGCUUUCAAAGGUUGUUAUUUUUGUGUAUUAUAGGAAUGCUGAUUGAAAUACUGGGCUGACCAAUCCAUUGAACAUGAAUUCUCCAUCCACACAGUUUGUUUCCCCAAGAAGGAUGGGUGUGUAUGAUCCAAUCCAACAGAUUAAUAUGUGGGGAGAAAGUUUCAAAAGUAAUGGUAAUUUAAAUGCCUUAAUUGGUGAAGCAGGUGGAAAGUUAAUUAAUCAGCCAGAGGAUGCUUCUCAUAACGCAUUGGGUACGUCCCAGAUGUAUGGACAAGAAGCUAAUAAGCCUAUUGAUAAGAUACAAAGACGUCUUGCACAAAAUAGAGAGGCUGCUCGUAAGAGUCGUAUACGGAAGAAGGCCUAUGUGCAGCAAUUAGAAUCAAGUCGUUUGAAGCUGAUCCAGUUAGAGCAAGAGCUCAACCAUGCAAGACAACAGGGUUUAUAUAUGGGCGGGGCAUUAGAUUCUGAUAAUCUGGGUUUUGCUGGAACUGUUAAUUCAGGUAUUACGACCUUUGAGAUGGAGUAUGGACACUGGCUUGAAAAGCAAAAUAGACUAAUCUGUGAACUAAGAGGUGCUUUAAAUGCUCAUAUUAGCGACAUGGAGCUCAGGAUGCUUGUAGAUAGCAUAAUGAAUCACUAUUUUGAACUCUAUCAAAAGAAGUCUGCUGCUUCAAAAGCAGAUGUUUUCUAUGUGAUGUUUGGUAUGUGGAAAACUACAGCUGAGCGAUUUUUCAUGUGGAUUGGAGGCUUUCGCCCCUCUAAGCUUCUAAAGGUCAUUGUCCCUCUGAUUGAACCCUUGACAGAGCAACAACGGUUUGAUAUCUCUAACCUCGAACAAUCUUGCCAGCAAGCAGAAGAUGCCCUUUCUCAAGGCAUGGAUAAACUCCAGCAAACACUUGGCGAUACUAUAACGGCUGGACCACUAGUUGAAGGAACUUAUAUUCCUCAGAUGGCUGCUGCAAUGGAGAAAAUGGAAGCUCUUGUGAGCUUUGUAAACCAGGCUGAUCAUCUUCGUCAGGAAACAUUGCAGCAAAUGUUUCGAAUCCUAACAAUCCGUCAGGCGGCUCGAUACCUGCUUACUCUAGGUGAAUAUUUCCAACGCCUACGAGCCUUGAGCUCACUUUUGGCUAAUCGCCCACAGGAGCCAGCUUAGUCUUUCAUCGAGAACACAAGCUUGGAAGUUGAACAAGAUGACCAUAGCCAAUGCCCCAUGAAACAUCAGAACCUUGUACCAUUUGUGGACUGUUGCUCAAAAUUUUCCCAGCAGUCUUCUGUCAUGAAGUUGUACACAUGUCUGGCCAUUUUAUGAACAGAAAGUCUUAAUCUGUGAAUAAAAGACACUUUCAUUUGGAAGGUUCAGUGUAUAUUUUUUGUUGUUAGCGAGUUCUUUAUAAUCUCUUGUAUUAGUGAUUUUGCGGGAGCUGAACAUGUAAAUGGAAGGUGCAUAGUACUUGUAUAUAGCAAAGCUGUGUUUCAUGGACAUACUUGAUUUGGGAGUGUUAGAUAAUAUUUAUCUGAACUGAACGAACUUUCUCUUUUUGUA